AAGCAGACUUUCUAUCGUGGCAUACCGAAACCCUAGCGACAAAAUUUCGAUUUCCCGUACUCUGAACCAUCUUCGCUGAAGUAAAAUCCAAAGCCCCGACGAUGGGAUCGCCGGGGGAGACUUCGACGCCGGCGAAGCCCCCAAAUUCGACUCCUUUUACCGCCGCCACGACGCCUCCGCCGGCGUACACCGCUGAAUGGGCUGCCUCGUUGCAGGCCUAUUAUAGCGGAAACGCAGCGGCUCCAACGGCCUUCUUCCCGCCGGUUUGGGGUGGUCAGCAUAUUAUGUCUCCUUAUGCUACGCCUAUCGCCUACUCGCCGAUGUACGCUCCUGGUGCAGUCUAUGCUCAUCCCUCCAUGACUCCGGGCAUGGGCUACCCAAAUGCAGAUUCCGGGAACAUCAAGUCAAAGGGGGCUCUGUUGAAGUUUGGGGAAGGAGGGAAGGCGGGAUCGGGCUCAGGGGAGGAGGAAAAUUCGCAGAGGAGCAGCGGUGGCAGUGCAACAGAGGGCUCUUCUGAUACUGGGAAUGAGAGCGCUGACCCGCAGGAAAAUUCUAAAAAGAGAUCUAGUGGAGAUGCUUUUCAAGAGGGAGAAGCUUCACAUCCUGCUAUUGCUACCCCAAGGAAGCGGGCUCCAAAACUUCCAGUUUCUGCACCUGGGAGAACAGCCUUGCCUGGCCCUGCAACUAACUUGAAUAUUGGGAUGGACAUAUGGAAUCCACCUCACACUGGGCCUGCCCCUUUGAAGGUUAGGCCUAAUGCUACAAUUGCAUCAGCAGCUGGAGCUAAUGUUUUGAUGGUUGAGAAUCAAUGGGCUCAGGAUGAUCGAGAAUUGAAGAGAGAGAGAAGGAAGCAAUCUAAUAGGGAGUCUGCGAGAAGAUCAAGAUUGCGCAAGCAGCAAGAAUGCGAUGAACUGGCUAGGAAGGUAUCUGAGCUGAACAGUCAGAACAGUGCACUUAGAAUGGAGCUAGAGCAACUUCACAAAGUUUGUAGGGACCUUGAAGCAGAAAAUCAGCACAUAGCGGAUGAGCUUAGCAGUAUCCGAGAAGAAUCAUCUAGCACUUUGAAACAAGGUGUUGGUGAUCAUAUUGACACUAUUCCUUUGAGCUCUACUACUACCUCUACCAAGAUGAAUGGAAAACUUUACCACCCAGGUGGCAAUCCUGAUCCCAGUUCCAGGUGAAUUUGACUGCUUGUUCGCGACAACUAACCGGCGGCGAAACCUCUGCACCAUUUUUUCCUUGCAGUUCCUGAAUCAAGAUUGCAAAUUAACCAAUAUACUUUUGUAAUAUUUACAUAAUGAGAGCCUAAUAAACCAUUUUAGAUGUAAUAUGUGGGAUUAGUUAUCUUGUUUUGAGAGGAGAGAGCUCUGAUAUUUAUGUUAGAAAUUAUAAAGUUUUAGGUAGGUUGGUAACCAAGCAAGCUAUCAAGUGUUCCAAAGUUGUUGUCUUAACAGUUGGGAAGUCCAACUUCAACUGCACAAUGUAGUUGUUCUCUCUAAGAAAUUAUUUGGUUUGGUAUUUUUUAA